GCAAAGUAGUGUACAAGUUUUCAACCAAAAGCACUUUGUAUCUACUGGUACAUCACUAUCUCCAAGGCCUAUUCUUUAUAUAGAAAAACCGAUAACACGCCAACCGUGAACCUAUUGCAUCACUUAAUCAUUGCCUUUUUAAAUCACUACGGAUUGUGUAUAAAACCAAGAGUUUUUUUAUUCAGUUUCCACUGUUUAUGUUAUGGAAUAUUUCUUUAUAUUGUAAAUGUUUUAUCUAAGAGAAAUAGUAUGUUUUUUAUUUUCAUCGAAAAUACUUUAUGGUUUGGCGAAUAAUCAAGUUGCCCAACAACGUGAAGCUAGUCUUAUUGUACUUCCUCCAAUUAUAUUGGGAUAUGACGAGUUCUACGAUGACGGAUCAAAAGAUAAAUCCAAUAGAGAACACGAUAAAUCAAGUCAAGAAAAAGACAACUCUGUAGCCAAUAGUAAAGAUAAUCACAGUAAUAAUGACAAAAGUCAUAAUAUCCAAGAUCAUCAUGGCAAUAACAACCAUAAUUCUCAGGAAAAAAAUGAUAAUGUUCGUUCCGAUGAUGGUCAUCAUCAUAAAAGUAAGAAAGACGGUAUUAGCAAUGUUGGGGAAAGAUCUCAUAAGUUAUCGCAUAAGAGUAAAUGUCGUGCUAGAAAUGGUAAUUUUAAUGGAAAAUCUUGCCCCUUUAAGAAGAAAGAAUAUUAAUUAUUUUAUAGCUCAAUAAUUGGGCCAGAAUUAAUAUUCAUUAUGAGUUAUGCAUUUGUAGAUAAAGUGCGGAAAGAAAACCGUCGUGGGAUUGGAGGUAGCAACAGUUUCCAACCAAAUUACUUUAUGUUAUGUUGACCACACCGUUACGUCAUAGUUCGACAGUAAACAUACUUAUAAUAUAGUUCGCAUAACCUCUACUUUCUACUACUAUUUCUUUCCACAUAGACUCUGUUCAUAAAGGCCAAAUUCUAAUUAAUAUGCGAACUCAGUUGAUUCUUACAAACAAAUCAAAUCAUACUAUUAGACUGUGUUCAGUGACGUCAACUCUUACAGAAUGAUCCCCCUCUAAAGAUUUUAAAUCUUCCAGAUGCCUCCUAAUUUAAGGAGAAAACGCCUAGGUUGGCAUCACUGAACACAGUUCGAAAGCAUGAUUUGAUUUUAUUUGUCAGAAUCAAAUGUCAAUAUAGAGUAUAGACUUGUCACUUGGUUUAAUAGUCUGAAAGAUUCACUCACGUUAUAUAGGAAUAUAUUUUUGUUGUUACUUGUAGAUCUUGAAUUUUGUUAUUUAUAUUUUUAUUCAAUGUUUCAAUACGAAAACUAACGAGAUGAUGUAGUAAUAUAUAGUUGCAAACGAAAUAUUAUGAGUAUUGUAUCAAGAUUGUUGGGUGAAUUUAAUAAUAUUAUGUUUAAAUUAUCAUGUAAAAAUGAAUUUAAAGUUUGAUCUCUAAAUUUAACCUAAAGCCGGCUAACAGUAGUUCUGCAUUUUGUCAUCAUGACUACGAUUAUGUAGGGUGUGUUUGGGCCCAGCGGUGCAGAGCAGCAGCAAGCUACCUAACUUACUUUAGAAUUUCGGAAUAAUGCAGGUGUGUCAUUUCCAGCACCUCUUACGCCAAUUCGACAAGAACGAGCCGGGUCGAUUUCUCGGGGAGGGUGUGCCUUUUCGCGCCAAAUUAAUAGGCGUAUUGGAGGUACCUGAGGCUCGUGGUGACAGAAUGUGUCAAGAGGCACUUGCUGAUCUCAAGAUGGCAAUACGAGCUGCUGGCGAACACAAACAGAGGAUACAGGUGCAUGUAGCGAUUGAUGGACUGCGGUUGCGGGAUGAUAAGACCGGGGAUUCUCUUUACCACCAUCCAGUUCACAAGAUCUCGUUUAUCGCGCAAGAUAUGACCGACUCCCGCGCAUUUGGUUACAUAUACGGCUCACCAGACACCGGUCAUCGUUUCUUUGGUAUUAAGACUGAUAAAGCUGCUAGUCAGGUAGUUAUAGCAAUGAGGGACCUAUUUCAAGUUGUGUUCGAGUUGAAGAAAAAAGAAAUCGAGAUGGCCAAACAACAUCUUGAAGACAACAAACAAACACACCCCAGCAGUUUGUUAAAGCAAAUAAACCUUUUCGAGAAUAAGUCCAAGACUUCGACAGGCGAAAGUCCAGCUAAGGCAGUGGAGGGCGCGGAGGGGGGUGUGGCAGAAUUGGUUGACUUGGAACAGGAAUUAUGCUCUCUGCGAAGAGGUCUCUCACAAGUGGAGGGUCUGACACCAUCUAGUGAUCCAUUCGGAGACUCUUUUAUAACACCUCCACAGAAAGGAUUACUUCCGCCUCCACCAGGCGCUGGUCGGGGUCGCACCACACCUGGAAGAAGUUCUGCAAGUCCAAGCAAACCACCUUUGUCUUUUGACGCCCCUUCCGGACAGAGCCCGUCUUUGGGAGCUUCGGGGCCAUCCAUGGGAACUCCGGUGCCUUCCAUGGGCACACCGGGGUCCUCCGUGGCACUCUCGGGACCUUCGGUGCAAGGCCUUGGGGGACAAGUGGCCUCUUUUGGAUCAGACUUCGAAAAAUCCUCGCUAGUCGAUAAUGUCCCUGAACCAUUGGUUGGCUCGGUCGCCGGCAGCCGCCCGGCGCCCUACGACGUAUUCACCGAACUAGACCCUCUCGGCACCGGCCGGAGUAAACCUUACGUUGACAAAAAACUCUUCUUUCAGGAGCUCAAAAACCCACCAAAGAAAGUACUCAAAGACCUCGUCCCGACGACUUCCAUACUAAACGAUAUAUUACCGGUGACAGAACCCUCGGACACCUACGGUCCCACUACCACCAUGACGUCCCUCACGCGUCACUCGGGCGGAACGGUGUCGAUAGUGAAAAACAAUCAGAGUACGGGUUACACGGGCUUCUUCUCGAGCGAUCCGUUCGAGGAAACCGAUCCUUUCGAUAAUACCGACCCGUUCUCGGAUACGUUCAAGGAAGACCCCUUUACGAGUAUGCAAGAGUUUCCAAAGUCGAGUUUUUUGAGAGCCGAGGACUCGAAGAGCAAAUUGAGCAAAGCUCCUCUAGAUAAGGAGAUCGGCCUGGAAAACCGAAACGAAAGGAAUGUGUUCAAUGGUCCGCUACAAGUGUCCUUACCUCCCGAACCAGUUCCUAAAUCGCCGAGACUACAGAGACAGAUGACAGACACAACUACUAUCCGCCAGCGUCCACAGCCCAGUUCUAAGAUGCCUGAUAAUGCGUCACCUCCUCCACCCUUACCCCCUAAGAAGGUUUUAGAUCCGGGUUUGCCCCCGCCCAGACCGCCGCACGAGUAUGAGCCGGAUGUGGAAAAUAUGGAAACCGGGCCGCCCUUACCGAAACCGGUUCGGAAGAAAGAGCCUGUGGCGGACCGCAGUAUGAAACCGCGUAUGUCGUCACUAACGACCAACAGUAGCGAGGACGAAUAUCUUGCGCCUGCGCCGCCGCCUUUGCCCGCCGCUAAGCGAUUUGAUAUCACACUCUGUCAAUUACUUACGCUGACUAUGGACGAAUUGGCCAUUAGAUUGCGUGUGCCGGCGACGACGCUAUCUUCAAUGACGUUGCCACAAUUGACUGAGUACUUGCGUUCUUAUUUAGCGGCUGAUGUCGAAAGGGCGCAUAUACACGUUGAGCCAUCACAAGCCAAAGAGAAAGAAAAUCUAACACCGAUACUCUCUAGUGCAAGAAUGUCUGAAAAGUCUAGUCCCUUACCCUCUCUUGCAAAUGACUUCAAACCACAGUUCGAAGACAACUUUGCUCCGGCCGACUCCGCAGACACAUUUGUUGCUAACUUCGAUGACUUUGACCAAAAGGCAAAUACUUCAUACGACAGAUAUGCGGCGUUUAGAGAAAUACAGGAGCAAGAAUUAAAAGCCAAAUCAAUACUUGAUCCAAAAGAGCCCCCAACCAAGGAAGACGACAAAGAACUCACACACAUUCAAGAAUUACUAAAGACUGAAGACAAAAGUCCUCUUAAAUCAUUAGACGAGUUGACGCUCGAUACGUUCAAUAUGUUCAGAAAUUCAGUCAGUCCGAAAGCAGUUGACGCUAAAAUAGAAGAUAUUAAGAGUGUUAUGAUGAAUUUACAGUUAGAAAAGUCGAGACGUAGCGUAUCACCGCGAGAAGACAAACUGGACGAGACCGAUAAAUAUGCUGCUUUACGGGAAAUAACAAUAACAGAGCCACACGAUGACUUCGAAUCUAUUCCACCCGAAGUUCCUAAAGAACGAAAGAAGUCUGAUGAAAAAUCAGAUGGCUUCGACAAUUCUGAUUUCUUCGACUGUAUUGACAACAGUUCGUUAUCGUUUACGCAUGUUGAAGAUGCUUUUAGGAAGAGUCCAGCAGUAAAAGAAAGGGAAGAGGAGAAGAAAAUUGAAAAAAGUGAGACGCCGAUAGAAAUUCUACCGGUUAGUUUGCAGCCUCCUCAAAGGCUUUCUGCUGGUUCUAUCAGCGAUGUAGCUAGCGGAUCUUCACCUGAUACUAAAGAGCGGUGUGUGGGCAGCGGUGGGCUGAGGCGUCUGGCCUGGACUGAGGGCUGGUCUUCAGACUCGAGGGAUUCAGAGCCGCGGAGGAGAAGGAGGACGCAUAGGGGACAUACAGUUCAAACAUCAUCGUCUUCCCGCGAUGCAUCCCCUUGGGAGGAGGAAAGGUCAAUUCGACACACUACACGACGCGACAGAGAGUCACGCCACAACUCAUCAGGUUCGCGGGAAUGCUUGGACUCCGGCAGUGGACGUGAGAAAGAGAAAAUAAGAAACAAAAGAGAGAGUAGAGAUCAACGCGAUUCGGGAAGUGGGAGGGAUCGAAGGGAUCUCAGUAGGGAAAAGAGAGAUAGACGUAGUCGUGAUCGCGAUGAUUGGGAUAGAGAUAGACCAUACCGGGAAAGGGAUUACAGGGAUUCACGAAGCCGCGAAAGAUCUAAAGAUUACAGGGAAAUGGAGCGACAUAGGAAAACACGGCACUCGUAUGAUGAUGAAGACUACAGCGACGGCUGUGGAUCAGGAAGAUCGUCGCCCAGAGAUAGAUGGCCAGAACAGAGGUGGAGAAGAGAUGAAAGACAUUAUGGAUCUCUGGGUUGGAGAGAAACAAGGCGUCGACAUGAGUUAAGACAAGCUGAAGACUCUAGCGAACGAAGAAUGCCAUCAACGUAUACCCUUGGUUGGCCUGGUCGUCGUCCUGGCAGCCACCGCGACUCUAACAGAGACCUGCGGGACUCGGGACGCGAGCAUUCGGGACGGGACUCCCGAGAACAUCGAGAAUCGGGUCGGGACUCUGGCCGCGACUCAAGGGACCCGCGAGAUUCAGGACGAGAAUCGGGUCGAGAAUCCCGGGACCCCAGAGAUUCUGGACGGGACUCUGGGACUUCAAAUCGGGACUCAAUACGAGAUUCCCGCGAUCCUCGGAGGAGGAGGCGUGAAGAAGCCAGAGUCCGCCCCAACUAUAGGUUCUCCAAUGAUUUCUCGCCUCGAGAAAAGGAGCAUUCGCCGUUCGAUAAUGACUAUCAAGAAUCACCGGUUGUUGUCAAGAAACGUGCGCCGUAUUCAAGUUUGGAAGGAACGAGAUUUGCCUUCGAAGAGGAUGCAACAGCGUCCCCUAUGAGCGGCAGUUCGGCUCGUGCCAGAGACGGUGACUCACCAGCUGCUCGUUUCCGAUUCGAUUCCGACUCGAUCUCACCUCGCUCCAUGUUUGAGGACGACUUUACGUUGCCCCACGUUCCCCACAUUCGUCCUCGCACUGCAUCUAUCGCUGAAGAGGAAGAAGGGGACAUACCCCCUCUUAGAACGAAACCGCCCCCCCAUAAAGACAUUAAAAAGUCAGAUUCCGUCAAUAUUUUCACACGCGAGAUCGACCCGUUUGAGAAUGACGCGUUUUUCGCGUGCACUGGGUCAGAUAAAGUCGCAAAAAGGGAGAAUUGGCCUGGUGACUUUGUCGCGUUUGAAGAUAUAUGAAAUUUAUAGUAUUAACUUUUUAACAAGACAAUUAAUUACUUAACGUUGAUCUGGGUGGUUAGAAUGUAAAAUGAAAGUCUAUAUCUCGUUUUGCUUGAUUGUGAUUGGUCGAACGGUCAGGUCAGUCUCUAGGCUACACAAGAGUGUAGCCUAGAGACUGACCUGACUGACUGGCUUUUUUACAUUCAAAUCGCCCAGGACAAUUUUUCUAAGUUUAUGGAUAAUUUGAGAUUUUGACACACAUAGCUCGUGUCCUGAGCAAAAGAUCGUUUAAAGCUGCAAGUACCGCAAUAAUAAUAGAUACAACAUGAAUUUAUUGUACCAAAAUAUCAUGUGACAGCUAUAAGUAUGAUCUCAAAAGGAUAAGUUUCAGUGUUUUUUAAGCUGUAUACUUUAGUUUUAUGCUUAUACGGAAUAAUCUACAGAACGAAAAAAACUUUACCGUACCGUAAUACUUUUUUUUUCAUAACCAUGGUAUGUUUAAAUAAUAUAUAUUUUACCUAGUGUCACGAACGUCUCAGUUGUCCUGUGAUAUAGUGUAAAACUUAUAGGGGUCACAUUGCGAUUUUAUAUAUAAUUAUAUAAGGGUAAAUAACUUGCCAUACAUCCUUUUGUAUAUGUUGAAUUUAAGAAGGCGUUGUAUAUCAGCGGAUUCCGAAGAAUUGAUUGCAAUGAUUUCUGGCUUGCCAUACAAAUAAAAUGUUACCAUUCUAGAAAGAAUAUUAUUACCAAAGACUAAAGAUAUUAAACUUUGUAAAGAAGUCUUUAGUUCACGAUUUAUAAGGCCAUUUAAUAAUUAUGGAAUAUGUAUAUAAUUAUUUAAUUAAAUUUGUGUAGUGGAUAGGCGAUUACAUUAUGUAUAUUUCGUCUGCAAUGUUACGCUUCGAAAAAAAUCUAUUAGUUUAAUUAUUAUGGUAGUAUUAUUGAAUUAUACUAUAAUUGAAUUGAUUUACGCGAUAUUGCACUUUAAUGUUAACUGUUAAGGCACAAAAGUGUGAUUCGAGUCAAUUUGUAUAUAUUUUGCUAUUUUAUGACGCUUUGUAUAUAGGUAAUAUAUACUCAUGUUUUUAUUGUUUGACCAUUACAUUAUUUAACACUGUAUAAUUUGCCAAUAUCAUAUCACAUAGCCUUUUUGUAUAUUUACAACAUAAGGAUCUGUACUCUUAGCACAAACUUACAAUUUCUAAGUUUAAGGAAUAGUAGAAAAUGUGUGAAAACUUUGCAUGCUCCGUGGACGUAUUUAAAAGUAUUAGGAGGGCAAACAUAUUUACUUAAGUAGUAUUCUUAUUUCCAUACUAAAUGUAUGGAAAACCCCAUCUUGGUGUUGCCUACCUACAAUAAUUAUUAUUACUGGUUACAUUUAAAUUUGAGUUGAAAGAGUUGAAAAAAUGUAAAGUCUUUUUAUAUAUGUAUAUAUAAAAGAAAUGCGUAAUAGUUACACUAUUUAUAAAUCAAGAAGGGCUGAACCGAUUUGGAUAUUUGUGAGGAGGUAGAAUAGGAUAUUUUUGAUCCUGUUUCUGUGGGACCGUGGCAUUAAAGGUGGCCAACGAAAUAUUUAUCAGUCUAGCCGUUCAUUUGAUAAAAAUGGUAACUUAAUGUUAUCUGUGGUUAAGUAUGAUUGAAUGAAUUUGACAGUUACAAGUUGAUCGGUUUUUGUGUUUAUUUCGAUUCUAUUAGCGUAUCGUGCCGAUAUUAUCAUUAACAAUGGCAUUGUUAACCAAGAAGUUCGAAUCUUUCCCGAUAAAGCAAUAAAUGGGUGGACCGAUUCUGAUGAGUGUUUAAGGUGGACUCAUGAAUAGUUCAGAUUAUUUACAAUCAGAUGUGUGUCUACAACGUCUAUAGGGUGCGCUUGUAUGUAAAUAAAAUAAAUUUAACAACUUAUACGAAAGUAUCGCAGUUUGUGCUAAAGGUACAAUUCGAAGUAUUUUAAUCGCUAUCUAUAUUUGAAAUAGGUUGUCUUCAAAUAUUUUUGACCCUGAUUUGAAAUUCAUAACUUUUUAAUAUUAAUUGAAAGGGACUUAAGUUCCCUUAUUUUAAAGACAUUAAUGUCUUAAAUUCUUAUGAUAUUUUCGUUAAAAUUAUGGGUAAAUGCAUUUAAAAUCAUUUAACUAUUUAUUUUUUUAUAACAAUAUAAAAACCUAAAUACUCUUCGCAAUUUUUUAACUAUUCAAUUAUUUAAGAGUUUUGUUUAUCAUAAUUACUAUUUUUCUUCAGUUGUGAAAUUAGAAACUUAACUCAUUUCUUAUUAUAACCAAUGAAUCUAAAGUCAUAAUAUUGUAAUUUAUUUCUGUGAUAUUUUUAUAACUAUAAGAUUUCGUUGUGCGUAUAAUUUUUUUCUUAAUAAAUGUUUAAAUAGUUUUACGGACAUCUAGUAUUAUUUUUAUUGUUUAAUUAGUUUUUGUGUCUACUUGUAGAUUAUUAUUGAAUCCGUAAAUAACUAGUGCCUGCGACUUCGGUGGCGUGCACCUAAGUUACCAAAACUUAAAAUAACCCUUUUGUCUCUGAGAUCACGUCUAAAUGUGUGUCGGCUAAUAGCGUAAAAGCAUACUAAACUUAUAUUGACAUCUGAAAUUAUAUUACAUUAGUGAUUAUACGAUACUGAUAUAACAUAUUAGUAACUUUUGAUAGACAAACAAUUUAUAAACUUAUCCAAAUCGUCGCUUUACACUAGAGCAAUAAUUAUUG